AUGGCGGUGCCUUCAUUGUAUCCUCUGCUUCAACUUCCUACCGUGACACAGGAAGACCUAUCUGCGUUUCAUGCCCGUGUCUUCGGCUCUGCUGCUCCUGCCCCACUGCUUCAUACAGAGCCGGAAAUUCAUAGUAGCGAUGCCCACAAACAAGCCUUCGAUGAAAAUGACGACGAUCUUGGAUACUAUCCUGAUGGCGCCAAAAGGACGCUAACGGACGACCAAAUCGCUAUGUUCAGACAUAGCGAGAUUUACUCUAUACUGCGAGAAAGACAGGUGCGCAAGGAGAACCUGGAAGCAGAAGGGGGUGAUCAGGAUGAGACUAUGGUUUCUCAGCCAGAAGACGCUGUCGAAGCCACCGCGUUGUUUGAUGAGGAUGGAGAGGGGCAGUCUGAUGGGGAAGCACAAGAGGUCUUUGCUACGGUUCCGGAAACUACACCCCAACACGUGGAAGCUACGCAUGCGAGGAAGAAGCGGAAACGAGGAGAUACAGAUACCGGCUACGUGCACGGCAGGAAAUAUGCGUCUCGGAGCGCUAGAGGGUUCGUGAGAGAGCUCGACUCGGCCGCUGCAGAAGACCAAGUUUUAGACUACGGCGACGAGCCUGCUGUCACCGAAGAAGCCAAAUCAAAUGGAUUUGCGGCCACAAAGGUCGCAGAACAGGGUCGUGAAAGCCAAGCACGUCCAAGCGAGGGGAGGAAAGUCUGGUGGCCGAUCAUUGAGGCGACUUGA